CAAUAAAUACUAGCAGCAGGUGUUCCUACGAAUCAACCACAAGAAAGGGCGACCGACGGAAAAGAAAAGAGCGAGACGUACACACGAGAGCUAAUUCCCAAAUCCGCGAGCUCCCGGUCGCUGCUUGGUUGUCGCGUCGAUCCCAUCGGUCCCUUCGAUCUGCGUGUUGGGGAUUGCUUGGUGGCGCAGCCGCCAUGAUGGAUCCGGAGAUGAUGCGGCUGGCGCAGGAGCAGAUGCGACGCAUGUCCUCCGACGACCUCGCCAGGAUGCAACAGCAGCUCAUGUCCAAUCCUGACCUGAUAAAGUUAGCAUCUGAGAGUAUGAAAAAUAUGAGAACUGAGGACUUCAAAAGAGCUGCUGAACAGCUGAAUCAAACAAGGCCAGAGGAAAUGCUUGAUAUGACUGAAAAAAUUGCAAAUGCUAAGCCUGAGGAAUUUGCUGCCAUGAAGGCCCAAGCUGAUGCUCAAAUAUCAUAUGCGCUAUCUGGUGCCAAGAUGUUGAAGCAGCAGGGAAAUGAACUUCAUAGCCGUGGGAACUAUAGUGGUGCUGCUGCCAAGUACAAGCUUGCCAAGGAAAACAUGAAGAGUUUACCAUCGGCAGCUGGGCGAACGCUGCAGUUGCAGUGCACACUUAAUUUAAUGUCGUGUUACCUGAAAUCAGGGAUGUUUGAGGAUUGUGUAAAUGAAGGUUCAGAGGUUCUAACUUAUGAUUCGAGCAAUGUCAAAGCAUACUACCGAAGGGGUCAAGCUUACAAAGAACUAGGAAACCUUCAGGCUGCUGUUGCUGACUUAAGUAAAGCCCAUGAAAUUUCUCCGGAGGAUGAAACUAUUGCCGAGGUUCUGAGAGACACAGACGAAAAACUUGCAACUGAAGGAGGAGAAGCAAACCAGCCAAAAGGAGUUGUUAUUGAAGAAAUUGUGGAACAAGAUAGUUCAGAGCUGUUAAGGACUCAAAGGAGUUCUACUCAAUAUGCUGUUUCACAACCACUUGAAGGAGCAGGAGACUCAAGACAAUCUGACUCUUCAGAAAGCUUAAUGAAUGAUCCUGCUACUGUCAGGUCAUUUCAAAAUUAUGUCUCUAAUAGUGAUGCUGAUGGGUUAUCAAAGUUGGGAAUACAAGGAAUGCCACCGAAGCUAGUUAAAACUGCCAGUGAAAUAAUCGGCACCAUGAAACCAGAAGAACUACAAAAGAUGUUUCAGGCUGCUUCAUUAACCGGCACAAACCCUGUUGCUCCAAAUCUCGGACCCAAUAUGCCUGAAAUGUCACCUGACAUGGUUAGUAUGGCAUCUGAAAUGAUUGGGAAAAUGUCCCCUGCUGAACUGCAAAAUAUGAUGGAUUUUGCUUCUAAAAUGGGUGGACCUGGUAGUGCGUCUCUGAGACCAGGGAGUAAUAUCCGACCUUCAUCAAGAGCAGAAACGAGUAGCAAUAACUUCCAACCUUCAUCAUCGCAAACUGUUGCGGAGAACCCCGAUGAAAUAGUAAACAACCAAAGUAUGGACCAUUCGUCAUCUAGUUCCCCAGUUUCUACAGCUGAUAUGCAAGAAACCAUGAGAAAUUAUAUGAAAGACCCUGCUAUGCGGCAGAUGUUUGCAUCCAUGGUGAAGAACAUGAGUCCUGAUGUGAUGGCAAACAUGGGUGAGCAGUUUGGUAUGAAGCUGUCGAAGGAGGAUGCUGCCAAAGCUCAACAAGCUAUGUCUUCAUUGUCUCCAGAAGAUUUGGACAGAAUGAUGAAAUGGAUGGACAAAGCACAGCAAGGAGUAGAAGUAGCAAAGAAGACGAAGAACUGGCUCCUAGGUAGGAAAGGCCUGAUCCUAGCUAUUGUCAUGCUGAUCUUGGCGUUCAUCCUCCAGCGGCUUGGAUUCAUCGGUAGGUAGUGACGCCCGGUCGAGACGGUAACAAAUAACUAUUCGGCAGCUACAUUAUGCUCCUUUUCCCUGGCCGAAAGUGAUACUGGGCGGAUGGGAUGACAAUGUGGAAGCACUGUGGGAAGAGUCAAGAACAUUUUGUACCAUUGUUUAUUCUUUCGUCAUAUGUGUAAAUUGUAACAGAUUAUUAGAAGUAAAUGGCGGAGUGUUGUCAUUUGGACACUAGGCUGACGUGUAAUGUUACGAAUGUCUUAUGUUAUUUUGCACCAAA